UCAGCUACAACUACCCCCUAGUCUUUCACGUUUUGAAAGCUCUAGUAGGUGUGUAUAGGUUAAUGCAAAACCAAAACGAAGUUCUCUAUAGUCAACUUCAACCGGAGCGGAGAGGAGAGAGCCGAGAAGGAAGCACCGCACUGGACCUCUCUCCUCCAUGGGGAUGUUAGCCAACGCCCUAGCUAUGGCCCUGGCUAUUAACGCCACCGCGAGGAGUUCUUUCGUGGUGGAUUCUCAGGACAUCGCGUUCGGGAACCCCUGGUGGUUCGUUUACGCCGGCGUUUCUUGCCUCCUCGUACUCUUCGCCGGUAUCAUGUCCGGCCUCACUUUAGGCUUGAUGUCUCUCGGCCUCGUCGACCUCGAGAUUCUCCAGCGCAGCGGUACUUCCUCCGAGAAGAAACAAGCCGCAAUCAUUCUGCCCGUUGUUCAAAAACAGCACCAGCUUCUUGUCACCUUGCUUUUGUGUAAUGCUGCUGCCAUGGAGGCUCUUCCUAUAUACUUGGACAAACUUUUUCAUCCUGUAGUUGCUGUUGUUCUCUCUGUAACUUUUGUUUUAGCUUUUGAUAUGCCGCUUCAGAUUAUUCCACAGGCAGUAUGCUCUAGAUAUGGACUUGCUGUUGGUGCUAACUUUGUGUGGCUCGUGCGUAUUUUGAUGAUUAUUUGCUUUCCAAUUUCUUAUCCUAUCGGAAAGGUUCUUGACUUGGUAUUGGGACAUCAUGAUGCUUUAUUCCGGCGUGCUCAGCUUAAAGCCCUCGUUUCUAUCCACAGCCAGGAGGCUGGUAAAGGCGGUGAACUAACACAUGAUGAAGCUACGAUCAUUAGUGGAGCACUUGAUUUGACAGAAAAGACUGCUGAGGAGGCUAUGACGCCUAUUGAAUCAACCUUUUCCCUGGAUGUAAAUUCAAAGUUGGAUUGGGAAGCAAUAGGAAAAAUUCUUGCCAGAGGUCAUAGUCGUGUUCCUGUUUAUUCAGGGAAUCCAAAGAACAUUAUUGGACUUCUACUGGUGAAAAAUCUUCUUACUGUGCGAGCGGAGACAGAGACUCCUGUUAGUGCUGUUUCCAUCAGGAGGAUUCCUAGAGUUCCAGCAGAUAUGCCCUUGUAUGAUAUUCUCAAUGAGUUUCAAAAGGGAAGUAGUCACAUGGCAGCUGUAGUGAAAGUGAGAAGGAAGAAUAAGAACCCUCCUAUUCUUCAUGAAAAGGAGAAAAUUCGAGAGAGCAAACUUGGGAAUGAGGAUUCACAAUUAACUGCUCCUCUGUUGAAGAAGCACGAUCAAAUAUUAAAUAGUAUUGUGAUAAAUGUUGAUAAGGAUUCGCUGCUGCAAACAGCAAGUAAAGAAAAGUCUUUGCAGCAAAAUGGUGUUGUGACAAAUAAUUAUACUGAUCUUUCUGAGGAUAUUGAUGAUGGAGAAGUCAUUGGCAUCAUCACUCUAGAAGAUGUUUUUGAAGAACUUCUGCAAGAGGAAAUUGUAGAUGAGACUGAUGUAUAUAUUGAUGUACACAAAAGAAUACGCGUUGCUGCAGCAGCAGCCGCUUCAUCUGUCGCUCGAGCACCUUCUGCUAGGAGGCUGACAGGUCAAAAGGCUUCGGGAGGCCAAGGAAAGCAAGGAGGAGUAAAGGCAAAGAAGUCGGUAGAGGACGAGUCAAGCAGAUAAACCUAAAAGAAUCUUUUAAUGAGUGCCCACCCGGCUCUAAUUGUCUAUAUAAGGUUUUCUACGUAACUACAUUGCUUGACCAGCUACAUGUAAGAUGCGGAUGGUAGACUUUUUGCUUGUAACCAACCUGUACCACUUAAAUCACAAUGGUAGGCUUUAAUGAUGAGUAUGGUAUAGUAAUAUUUUGUAGAUGUAGAUAAAUUCUUCCUUCUCUGUUUUAUAUGUAUUUGAUUUUUCUUUCUUAGUAAAAUAAAAUGAGAGAAAUUUAGAAUGACUAAA